UUCAGUGCCAACUUGAUGCGUCUGAUGUCUUUUCCUCAGAAACUGGGACUUUCCUCCCUGGAUGUUCUGCUGCUGCUGUUCGGUCGAGCGUCGGCCUUGAUAGAAAUCGGACAGCCGGAGGAACUGGCAGAAGCAGAGAAACUCCUGGAGAGGAUGAAAUCGUUUGAAGAGCGAACGUUCCAGUGUCUGGUUUAUUACGCCAUCGGCAGAGUGUUUCUACGGGAAAACCGGUUUAAAGUUGCCAUGCAGCAGUUUUCAGAUUCGCUGCAGAUGGUGAAGAAUCAAAUUACGCCAGGUAAACUCACCUGGCCGUUAACCAAAGAGAUCGUUAAAGAAACRCAAGCGGACAGAUUCAAGGAGAUGCUUGAGAAAUCGAUAGAGUUGUGUAGAUUUCCCCCCGCCCCCGACGCCGUCUGUCGUCUUGAAAAAUGUCUUUGCCCUCUAAAAGCUGAGAUCUAUUUCACUGACCCAGAUUUUAAGGGCUACAUUCAGAUAUUCUGCUGUCAGAGCUGCAAGGUUGAAUUUCACAUCAGCUGCUGGAAGAGCCUAAAGUCGACCACAUUCAGUGAAAAGAAUGAAAAGGAUGUCCUGAAUGAGGCGUGUUUGACUCCCGACUGUCUGGGUAAAAUCUGCUCUAUGCGAAUCUUCGGUCCCACAGGUUUGGUGAAAUGUAAGUUUGAAACGGCGAUCACGAAGCCGGAGCUGCCGAAGAAACCCAGAGUUAAUCAGAGAGCCACCAGUGUGAAGAAGUUAAAGUCCAAAGAGGAUCAGAAGCAGAAGAGGAAACAGUUCAAACAGACGUUUAAGGAUCAGCAAACCAUCAGCCACGAAAUCCUGCAGAAGGACGACGACUCGGGAUCGCCGAGUCAGCAGAAAGCCUGGUUGGUGUACAGAGACCGGGUUCUGCUGCAGAUCAACCAGAACCUGGACCUGCUGCGGGAGGAGCAGGGCCUGCAGGUGUCGGCGCUGGCCGGCAGCCUGCGGCCCUGGCUGGAGCUGGACUGGGCCCGGGGGAACCGCCUGGCCGGCCGCCUGCUCCACUGGCAGCAGGAGCGGCUGCAGACGCUGGGUCAGGCCGUGGAGCUGCUGCUGGAGCGCAAGAACCGGGUCUGGGCCCGGRUCUUCAUCCAGCAGCUCAGCGGCUGCGUGGGAAUAAACGCCAAGCUGAGCAAGUGGGCGUGUCAGCUGGACGGYGCAGGUAGGACUGARCUCAGACUGACGGGUCAGAACCAGAACCAGUUAUUAGAGUUAGAGCACAGCUCCAGUUGUUCCAGUUGGAAACCAGACAUCAGGCUGACCUCUGACCUCUGCCCUGACCCUUCGGUUCCUCAAUGGUUCUUCCAGCAGCUGCAGAACAUUUCAGGCCCAGAGGACGAAAGUCUGAGACCAGAAACUUUGAUUCCUGCAGCAGGUCAGAGAGACGAACAACCGCAGCUGAUCUCAGGUGUUUAG